AUGCCGGAAAUAUUCGACGACAAAUCGGAGCAUUGCAUCCCCUUCCUCUUGGAGCGCCUGAAACAGCAUCAAGCCCGCUAUGCGAAUGAUGCGAAUGCCCCGCCGUUCUUUCUUGGAUUAAACGGCGUGCAGGGUGUUGGCAAGACCGUCCUAGUUUCGACAUUACAAAAUCUCCUUCGAUCACCACCCUAUUCCCUCCCCACCGUCACCCUCUCCCUAGACGACAUCUACCUCACCCACGCAGACCAAGUCGCACUCGCAAACGCGCACCCGGACAACCCCCUUAUUCAACACCGUGGUCAACCAUCCACCCACGACCUACCCCUCGGUCGAAAGGUCUUUGAGUCUCUCCGUCUCAACAAACCAACCGCAAUCCCGCAGUACGACAAAUCUGCUUUCGCGGGUCAAGGUGAUCGCGUACCCGAAUCGCAAUGGGAGAUCGUCAACACAGAAGGCAAGCCAAGAAUCAAAGCGGUCAUUUUCGAGGGAUGGUGCGUUGGCUUCAGGCCGUUGGAUGACGAGACACUGAGACAAAAGUGGGAGGAUGCGGUGAGACAGAGACAAGAUGCGACAAGCAAGUAUGAGGGAAGGUUGGGGUAUGUGAAACUUGAGGAUGUGAAGGCUAUCAAUGAUGCGUUGAGGGAGUAUGAUGUUUUGACAAAUCAUCUCGAUGCUUUUAUACACAUUGACGCCCAAAAUCCCCGUUUCGUCUACGACUGGCGACAGGAACAGGAAAGGACCCUAAUCGCCGCCAAAGGCAUAGGCAUGACUGAAGAACAAGUUAAUCACUUCGUGGACGGGUAUUACCCCUCGUAUGAAGUAUUUACUGAAACUUUGCGCAAUGGGGUCUUUCGGCCGACAACCGACAACUCGGAUACGCUGAGGGAAUGGCGGCAUAGACAGCUUCGGUUGGUUGUGAAUAGAGACAGGAGGGUUCAGGAGGUAAUUCGUAUAUAG